AUGGCGGGGAAGAUGACGCUGUAUAAGCUGGUGGUGCUGGGCGACGGCGGCGUGGGCAAAACCGCCCUGACCAUACAGUUGUGCCUGAACCACUUCGUUGAGACAUACGACCCCACCAUCGAGGACUCGUACCGCAAGCAGGUGCAGAUCGACGGCCAGUCGUGUAUGCUCGAAGUCCUCGACACGGCUGGCCAGGAGGAGUACAUUGCCCUGCGCGACCAGUGGAUACGUGACGGCGAGGGCUUCGUCCUCGUCUACAGCAUCUCAUCGCGCUCCUCCUUUACCCGCAUCCAGCGCUUCCACAGCCAAAUCCAACGUGUCAAGGAGACGACCAUGGCUGGUUCUCCUACUUAUCCCGGCUCGCCCCUCAGCGCAUCGUCACCCGCCUUCGGACAGGCGCCCGUCAUGCUCGUUGGAAACAAAUGCGACCGCGUCACCGAGCGCGAGGUGUCUACACAGGAGGGACAGGCCCUGGCCAAAGUCCUCGGCUGCGAUUUUGUCGAAGCAUCCGCCAAGAACUGCGUCAAUGUGGAAAAGGCCUUCUUCGACGUCGUCCGCCAGCUCCGGCGACAACGACACCAGGGCGGAGGCCGCACCCCGACCGAUAGGAAAGAGUCUCGAGUACGCCCCAGUGGCCACGAAAAAGACCGCUCGCGAGGAAUCGUCGACGGUCGGCGUGGCAGGGGCGGUCAUGGCAACAACAAAAGGAUCAAGGAAAAGCCAAAGUGCGUCAUUUUGUGA